AAGAAUUAGAGUCUUAUAGCUAACAUUUCGGAAGUCCACGCUUUGAAGAAGAUUAGCCAAUAGGUUACUGUAUCUCUAUUUUGUAAUGUGUAAGGCGAAAGAACCAAAGGUGAUGGCGGAUUUUAUUAACUUACGCAUGAGGACCAUCAUAAUUUCGCUGCUAGGUCAAAGUUCGCACUGAUACGCUAUCAGUACCUAAGUAAACAUUUACCCCGAUACUGCGUAUGGCAAACCAGUUCGUAAUCUAAUCAUAAAUCCAAGAAUGAAGUAUCCAGCAUGGUUUAUGAGGUUUAAUUUUCAGACACAACGCGAGUUUUUAUACAUGAAAAGAAAGUACCUUAGUUGCCUUAACUUUAAAGAAGAUUGCCAAGUGUUGGACAUCGGAUGCGGCCCAGGUGACAUAACAAGGUAUGGACUAUUGCCACUACUACCAAAAACUGCAAAGAAGCUGGUGGGCAUCGACUUGUCUUCUCAAAUGGUUGACUUUGCGAAGAAGUUCCAUCAGGACGAUGACAGGGUGUCAUUUCAACAGUUAGAUAUCUGCACCGACAGCAUUCCCCCUCAUUUCCAUAAUUGUUUUGAUCACGCGUUUUCCUUUUAUUGUCUGCAUUAUGUACCAGAUCUUCGAAAAGCGAUUGCAAACAUUCAUCGAAUGUUAAAGCCAAAGGGAGACUUUUUUGCGAACCUAUUUUCCUAUAACUAUUUGUUCGACAUUUACGAACAACUUUCGACAGUAGAAAAAUGGAAACCAUACGUCCAUGACUACAAACGCAAAAUGAAUCAAUUUCAAAAUACUGUAAAUUUUAAGGAAUAUUUUCAAAACACUUUAAGCAAUGGUGGUUUUAACGUUAGGUAGGUACUGUACUGAGGAGAGAAAGGUAAUGGUUUACAGCAGAGAGACCAUUUUGAGGGUGCGUUUGACCACUAUUUCUCUGUAUGAUUGGCUUAACUAUGACCAUUAUAGGCACUAUGAAGGCAGUUAAUUACCUUAAUGUACCUAAGUACUUAGAAGAUGAGUUUGUCUAUGAUCAGUAUAACAUAGUUAGAAACGCUGAUAAAGUUUUUAUUGAUGAAU